AUGGAGGGAUCACCAGCCGACCCGAGCCAAGGGAGUACCCUAGGCCUUCAGGAAGAUCCACUGCAAAUGCAAAUGAAGGAUGAAGGAUCCGUGGAAGCGACCUAUGGUCCAAGUCCCAAUCGUGGGGCUAGUGCCAGCGGUCACCAGCCUGGGAGUGGGAUUGGCGCAGUUGAUGUUACGCAAGGGGGUCCAGAGACAGUUCCACCGGUUUUGAGCGCUGCAUCCAACACCAUGCCCAACAUGAAGAAGCCGAAAGAAAGUCGAAAGAAGAAAGGUCAGAAGGAGGAUGAAGAUGAGGAGCCUGAAGGUUCUGACAAGGAGCAAGGAUCUUCUGUCAACACCUCAGAGGUGAGAAGCCGGAGAAGGGCAAGAGUCCGAGAGGAAAGACCGAAGAGCAGCCUCGCCUCAGUAAAGAUAGAGGAGUUCUUUGGAGACAGGAGCAAGUAUCUGAAGUGGAAGCGUGCAGUCCAGGCGCAGCAGCAACUCUACAGGCUGGAGGAGGAAGAGUUGGCAAUGUUGAUAUACUUGUCAACGAAGAAGGAUGCAAGGGACUGCCUGGAACAACUCACUGUGAAUGAGUACACACGCCCUGGCGGGCUGAAGCUGGUGUGGAAACUCCUGGACGAAGGUGGAGAAAGCAUGGAAGACGACGGGCUUGAGGAGGAAGACCUCAAGGAAGCAUGGGCAGCUGGGUGGAAGGCCAAGGCCCAGCAAGCAGAGAAGAAGAAGUUCGGAGGAUGGAAGGGCGAUCCCAAAGGACAAGAAGACAAGCGCAAACGCAACUCCACCUGCAGCAGCUGCGGAGAAGUGGGACAUUGGAAGGUAAAGACAGAAGCAGAAGACAAGAAGGAGACCAGGAUUCCAGGAGAUGAGAGGACGUCACCAGACAAAAGAGGCUGGUCUCUGGUGAGCGAUGAUGAAGGGCCAGAGACGGUGGAGAGGCCCAAGACCUACUCUAUCAAGAAGAGCACCAUGAAGGAAGCGGCAGGUGCAGGCAAGAAGGGCGGAACCGCCGAAGGUGCCGAGGAGAUGCUGGAGCUGUCGGCCUUGGAGGUGAUUGCGGCCCUUCCGACGAGGAGCAAGUCGGAGAAGAGGGCCCUGAAGUGCUUCCUUUUGAAAGAAGAAGAGCAAAUGGCAUGGGAGACAUGCAGGAAACACCGAGGGGAGGAUGAAGUGAGGAUCGGCCAUGAUGAGAAAGGAAGACCCUCGGGAGCAACUGGGAGUGGAGGAUACUCUGAGCAGUUGCCAGUUCCUCCAAAGAAGGCCGAAUCAGUGAAAGAUGCUUUUGAAACCCUUGAGCAGGGCAAGAAGAAAGAUGCCCCCAGGAAAGUCAAAGAGCGGAUGCUGCAUGACUUGGCACAAUUUGUACCAGAGCCAACUGGAUGGAAGCCGGCUCAUUCCAUCACGAACUUAAGCUGGCUUGAGGAGGAAGAGACGGAGACAUUCCGUCUUGGCUCAGGAGGCCCAGAGGAGCCGGUGGAGGAGGAACCACAGAAUGCCCAGGAGGGAUGCCGGAGUAUGGAGGGGGCCAGCAAGUAUCGUGGCAAAGGAGUCCACGGGAAGAUACUUUAUAAGCUGGAGAGGAAGGUGCCUCCUGGUGGCUGCAACAAAAACCUCCGUGCCAGCUCGAAUGAGGAAGCGGCAGACGCGAAGGAAAGCCUCAAAGAGUUGGAAGAGUUAGAAGAAGACGGUCUCCGAAAGAAGGAGUACGAAGUAGUUCCCCAGAGGAGGACAGAAGAAGACGAGAGCAAGGGAUGGAAGGCAGAUGAAACCACCAUCACUAAAAGCCGUUUUGGCAGAGGAAAGAGAGAGGCACAGCAAAUGGUGAGAGGCCUGAGAAGCAUGAAGAAAGUCAUCAAGGAGCCCUUCCUGAAGAGAAGAUACAACAGACGGCAGAAGCAAGCACCCCACACAGCACAAGCAGAGGAGCCAGCAGCUGCAGCCAGAGCAAGGAGCCUGUCAUAUGAACCGUCCAUCGCCCCAGAUGAGGUGAUGGAAAGAGAGGAGAAGACACAAGAAGGGCAAGACCGAGAAGAUGAGGAGUUUUGGAAGGAAGUCGCAGAUACAGAAGCAGCACACGACAAGGAAGAGACUGAGAAAUAG